UCGGCGGUCGCGUUUCCAGUUAAACUCUUACCGAAAAGGCGGACGGACGGGUCUCGAAAUCAAUCGUCGGGCUCCGCAGUUUCCACGCGAUUCAAUGCGAUUCGAUUCGGCUCCUGAUUCUGGAUUCCUGACAGCCUCCGCAGAAUUCAAAUAUUCCAAUAAUUCAAAACCAUUCAGAAGCCCAAAUAAGUAAAUACAAGUGGUAAAAUAUCCUCCGCAAUUAUUCACAAAUAGAGCACAGAAUCCGAAAUGGAAAUAGUCGAAACCCCCAGAAAUCAAAAUAAAUAAAUAAGUGAAAAUAUAUUUUCAGGAAUUACUCGUAUGAAAAUACCCGCAUAAAAAAUACGCAAAAAUUGAAUCUGUUUUUGUGCUACUUGAAAUCAAUGAAAAAUUCAAUGCUAUUAGUGUGUGCAAAACAAAAAUAAAUGCCGUGUGUGAAUGGAAAAGUGCUCGAGAGUAAAUAGGCCGAAAGUCGAAACAAAGAAUAUAUCUUGGACAAACUGGUGCAGUAUUUGCCUCUCGGAUAUUUUCCAACGCCAGUGCUAUUUUUAGAGUAAUUUGUGCGACACUUGCCACCUGUUCGACGACUUUUGGAAGACACACAACUUAUGCAAACGACUCCGAGAAGAAAGCGGAUCCGAUUCACCGAGGAAAGUGAGAGUGCGGCAGUCGUUGACCCAUUAAACGCGCUGAAGACGUCCGCUGAGCUGUAAGACGUAGAAAGAGACGGGUAGAGACGCAGCGAAAGAGACAGCAGAUAGCCCUGGCGACAAUCACAGAGUCCACGAAAACGACUGCAGAGAUUUAUUAAGAGAGAUACCCGCGUACAAGGCAUAAAAGUCAAUGACCACAUCAACUGGCGACCGCAGGCAGCGAUUUUAUUAAGCAUACGCCCCCACAUAAAUUAGUAAUCAAGCCACGCGGCCCCCGGCGAAACUAAUAAGAGGGCUUUAUUUUUAUUGAAAUUAUGAUUAAUGAUGUGGGCUGCGUACGCCGUCGCGGUGCGGUGGCGUAUACGCAAUGAUGCUGAGGCCCGAAGAGGUGACAAUGCUGGGCAGCAGGUCGGCACUGGGUUGCUCAUACGCCGCGUUAGCCCGCUCCCGGGCCCACCACCAUUGAAAGACUGCCGAUGGCCGUGUCUGGACAGGAUUGGCGGCGCCAUCAGAGCCACCGCCCGCAGAGGAGCCACAGGAACCACCCGAACCACCACCAGAAACUGAUCUCCACCGCCACGCUGACGCUGUUCGUGCUCUUCCUGAGCAGCUGGAUAGCCUAUGCGGCGGGCAAGGCCACCGUUCCCGCUCCCGCUCCGCUCGUGGAAGGCGCGACGGAGUCGUCCUUGUCGUCCUCGUCCUCGUCCUCGUCCCUGCAGGACUUCAACAGCAGCAGCGCCUUCCUGGGGGCCAUAGCCUCCGCCUCCGCCUCGGCAUCGGGAUCCUUCGGGCUCUCCUCGAUGAACAGCAGUCCCAUUGCCAUAGUCUCCUACCAGGGAAUCACGAGCACAAAUCUGGGGGACAGCAACACCACCUUGGUGCCCCUUUCAGACACUCCCUUGCUGAUAGAGGAGUUCGCAGCCGGGGAGUUCGUGUUGCCCCCCCUGACUUCCAUAUUCGUGAGCAUUGUCCUGCUGAUCGUGAUCCUGGGCACUGUGGUGGGCAAUGUCCUGGUCUGCAUAGCCGUCUGCAUGGUGAGGAAGCUGCGGAGGCCCUGCAACUACCUGCUGGUGUCCCUGGCCCUCUCCGAUCUCUGCGUGGCCCUGCUGGUGAUGCCCAUGGCCCUGCUCUACGAGGUGCUGGAGAAGUGGAACUUUGGCCCGCUGCUCUGCGACAUCUGGGUGUCCUUCGACGUGCUCUGCUGCACUGCGUCGAUCCUGAACCUGUGUGCCAUCUCCGUGGACCGAUACCUGGCCAUCACGAAGCCCCUGGAGUACGGGGUCAAGCGGACCCCGCGGCGAAUGAUGCUGUGCGUGGGGAUCGUGUGGCUGGCCGCCGCCUGCAUCUCACUGCCCCCGCUGCUGAUCCUGGGCAACGAGCACGAGGACGAGGAGGGCCAACCCAUCUGCACGGUGUGCCAGAACUUCGCAUAUCAGAUCUACGCCACCCUGGGCUCCUUCUACAUCCCGCUCUCGGUGAUGCUGUUCGUCUACUACCAGAUCUUCAGGGCGGCGAGGAGGAUUGUGCUGGAGGAGAAGCGGGCCCAGACGCACCUGCAGCAGGCCCUGAACGGCACAGGCUCGCCGUCGGCCCCGCAGGCGCCCACUCUGGGCCACACGGAGUUGGCCAGCUCGGGCAAUGGCCAGCGGCACAGCAGCGUGGGCAACACCUCGUUGACCUACUCCACCUGCGGUGGCCUGAGCAGCGGCGGAGGAGCCCUCGCAGGACAUGGCAGUGGUGGCGGGGUGAGCGGCUCCACCGGACUGCUGGGCUCGCCGCACCACAAGAAGCUGCGGUUUCAGCUGGCCAAGGAGAAGAAGGCCUCCACCACCCUGGGCAUCAUCAUGUCCGCCUUCACCGUCUGCUGGCUGCCCUUCUUCAUCCUGGCCCUCAUUCGCCCCUUCGAGACGAUGCACGUGCCCGCGUCGCUCUCGUCCCUGUUCCUCUGGCUGGGCUACGCCAACUCCCUGCUGAACCCCAUCAUCUACGCCACCCUGAACCGGGACUUCCGCAAGCCCUUCCAGGAGAUCCUCUACUUCCGCUGCUCCAGCCUGAACACCAUGAUGCGGGAGAACUACUACCAGGACCAGUACGGCGAGCCCCCCUCGCAGCGGGUGAUGCUGGGCGACGAGCGGCACGGGGCCAGGGAGAGCUUUCUCUAGGGGACUUCCCAGGGGACUUCCAGCAGGAUCACAGGCCACCUAUCUGAGCUGCUCGAGGGUUCUUCUCUAGGUUUCCGGACGAAGACGACUCCUCUGCUCGACACACUCACCCACUUAAGUAUACACACUGGGGUGCAGAAUCUAUAUAAAUUAGGAAGUGUAAAGUUCUAAGGGGGAAAGGUAGUUUUUGGACUGUUUAAGGUAGGUUAACCUUGGGCUCUUAAAGAAGAUUAUUGAAUUGUUGGAAAUAGUUCUGCCAGAAAGCAUAAUGCAUUGAGUAUUAUAAAUAAUAUUAAAAUAUAUUAUUUUAGAAAUGUAAAAGAUCUUCAAAAAUACUUACAACUUGAAAUUAUUUAAAUACUUUCUCAUCAAAUUGAGUUCCAUGAUGUCUUUGUAAACCCAUUGGCCCAAUAAGUAACAUUGAAAGCUGUCCAAAAACUAAGUUCCACCCUAUGUGACCACCCCAGUACACACACAUGGAUAUUUGUAUGUAGUAGUGUUAGUAGUGCGUAUCUCUGUAUAUGUGCACCGCCCCAAAAUUCGCAUUAUACAUGAGUAUUUCAAGUGCGAACUGUAGACGACUCCUCUAAAUGUAACUUGUUGUUGUAAUUUUAAAUGUAGAACUAAGCAAUACCACACACAAACACACUCACACACACACACGGUUGUAACCGUGACAGGUUUCUACGGUUCCUUUUAUGUUUCGAAAACAAUCAGCACCGGAUAUGAGACACAAUCGUUAUCGAAUCUAUUGGUACCUCCCCUGAAAACAAAACCCGAAAUCCCCCAAGUCCCAUCCUGAAAUUUGCCAGCGUAGUUAGUUAAUUUGCGAUACUCAAACUGAGCCAAAAAUUAAAUUUACAAACUGCGGAAUGCAGCCAAAAGUUAAGCCUACUGAUUAACCUAGAUAUACUUAUGUUUUGUGCAAGAAGCUAUCCACUGUAAAUACCCAGCCAUCCGCGGCUCUGUCUAUAACAUAUAUAUAAAUAUAUAGAGAAAGUAGCCUAUAUGUAUACACUACGCUCAAGUGAGAAGAACUAAAUUGUAUUUUGUAACUUUCUGCAUUAGUCUUUCGUUGUAUUUUGUAUGAAAAGUCACGCCUCUCUGUGAUACCAAACAUUAAGCAUUACUUUUAUGUUUAGAUCGAAGCUGCAUCAAACGUACUACACACAUACCUAUACAUAUAGCUAUAGUCAACUAAGUGUGCAUGUUUUUAUUGUAUAUGUAUGUAGCACUGCGAGAAGUGCAUUAUGAUAUUCGCAACAAACCAACAAACAAAACAAACAAAAUCAACCCACGAAAACGAUUGAAACUGAGCUAUUCGUAACUUGAUGAGAUAAACUAUCAACUAUUUACAUAACCCACACGCAUACACCCCCACACACACACCCAUGAAAUUAAAUGAAAUUGAAAAUUGAAAACGGAAGAUGGUUAAUGAAAAUGAAAAUGAAAAACAAACAAGGGCAAACGAGCAUGACAAAACUAAGCGCAGCUAAUUAUACGCAAACCGAACUAAAGUUCAUUACAAAAACAAACAUCAAAUAUUAUAAUUAAAAACAAAAAACAAAGUAAUUGAGGAUAACAAACAAAGAAAAACUAAAACACUUUCCGAGUGAAGCUUACAAAACUGCAAAACUGCAUUUGAAAACUGUUUUCCCGAAAAAAGCGUGCGGAAAUUAUGGCAUCAAAUAAAAGGCAAACCGUAUCAAUGUAA